AUGUCGGGCAGCCCACUGAUUGUCUCUCGGACGCCGGACUCACCCAAGAAUAUGCAACAAUGCUUCAGUAUCGAAAAAAACGUCACGCUCAGGAUCCAACUGUCCUCGUUAGAUGCGCUCAGAGACAUCAAUAACGCAAAAGAUCUACAAGUCGGAAUUGAUUGCCAAACUCUGAUCGAUCGAGGGACACAGACUACAGGGGAAGAAUCUGAUCUGUAUCUCGUCAAGGAACAACUAAGGAACACAGAAAAUAAGAUUGCUUACCUUGCAGAUAGGGUGAAGACAUACAGGGAUAGAUGGCUAGAAGAAUACUACCGCGCUGAAAACCUCGAAUACCAUAUGCCCUCUGGCAUACACAUUGCUGACAUUCCUCAAAUUCCAGCGGGCGCUCCUUCUCCUAGCUUCUUUCCUGAAUACUGGGUGCUGAGUGCUACUCGUAACCACUUCACGGGCGUCCAGAUUGUUGUGAACCUCUGCCUGUUCCAGAAUGAAUUCAGCAUCGGCAUCGUUGACGCUGUUGCUGGUCCCGAGGACCUAGGCUUCAUUUUGCAAGAUAUUGUUGAGAAGCAGUUGAUCGCGAAAAUCAUCAUGGAGAUAUAUCACGACCGGCUGAAGGCACUACCCGGUAUAACUAUCUGA